UGACCGGAAGCAUGUUGGUUGGGGGAGAAGUUGGGAAUCGCAUUUUUGUUCAGCUCGUCUUCUUGAUUCAUUCACUUCAUCUUUCUCUUUCCCUUUUCUCUGUUGUAAAUUGCAGUCCAAGUUCUUCACUUUCCACAACAAUCAAACGUACCCAGUUGGAAUUUACCUCCAAUUAUUUUCUGGGUAGCAGAGAUUUGGCAUCCUGAAAGGAAAGGAAUAGUGGGUUGGUGAGCUUUCUUCUUAUUGUUUUUUGGGUGAUGAGUUUUUUAUGUAAAGGUAAGAUGGAGUUUUUUCUAUGACCCAGUAAGAAUCUGAUACUUUUUCUGGGUUUUGAGAGGAAUAAUCAAAUGAGGGAUUUUCCUGGGACUCCUGGGACUUUGACUGGCCUUCUUCUCAGGAUUUCCCAAUGCGUCUUUGCUGCCGGGUCCAUUGCUUCCAUGGCCACCACUGCCAGCUUCUUCAAUUUCACUGCUUUCUGCUACCUGAUUGCUUCAAUGGGUCUGCAACUGAUCUGGAGUUUGGUACUUGCAUUGCUUGAUGCAUAUUCCUUGGUGAAAAAGAAGGUCCUCCACAACCCUGUAUUGGUUAGCCUCUUUGUUGUUGGAGACUGGGUUACAGCAACAUUGUCUCUUGCAGCAGCUUCGGCCUCAGCGGGCGUAACCGUGUUGUACUUUAGUGAUCUGAAUGACUGCAAUUACGGAAGGGAAUGCCAAAAAUACCAAAUGGCAGUUGGUUUGGCAUACCUGAGCUGGGUAACAGUUGCAAUUUCUUCUCUGAUUAUGCUCUGGCUAUUGGCAGCAUGUUAGAUCUCUUGUAUUUGUAUAGGCCAUAGGAUUUGUUUGAUCUCAUAGUAGUCCUUCUUUGUCAUACAUAUUUCAUUUUUCCUUUGCAACCAAAACAAGAAAUUUCAGUGUCGAUAGAAAAGGAAACAAACUUGAUAGCGCAUUGCGGUAGAAUACUCGAAAAUUACUUUUAUUCUGUUGAGAUAGAUCAGUUGGAAAUGAGUUGUAACAACUGGAACUGUAGAAUUGUUACAUGUACUUGUAUAGAGUUGAAUUAUAAGCAAAGGGAAUUACUACUUUUUCUA